CCCUUCCACACAGCACCUUCUCAUAAGAACAUGUCGGCAUAGUUUUCUACCUUCAGGUACCUUUAUGACACCUUUCCUACAGGGUCACCAUGAAUUGGUUUGUUGCGGGCUCUGUGCCCCUCAUCGUUGUUGGAUUCUGGUUGUACACGAGCACUCUAAGCCUGUCCUUCCCCACACUUCAGAACAAGCGCAUUCUGUUGCUCAUAGCUCAUCCUGACGACGAGGCAAUGUUUUUUGCGCCUACUCUGCUGUCUUUGACGCGCCCAGAGCUUGGAAAUCACGUGAAGAUCUUGUGUCUAAGCAGCGGCAAUGCUGAUGGUCUCGGUGAGACGCGCAAGAAAGAGCUAGUCAAGAGUGGUCUGCAGCUCGGAAUCGGUAAUAAGGAUGAUAUCCUCGUCAUUGAAGACAAGAAUUUCCCUGAUUCCAUGACCGUGACCUGGCAUCCUCGUCUCAUCUCCAAUCUUCUAACGACUACUUUCGCCCCAAAGAUGGCCUUGAUACAGGCCAAGGACGCUCCGCAAGCCAACAUUGAUGCCAUCAUCACGUUUGAUGCGCAUGGUGUUUCCGGUCACCCGAACCACAAAUCGCUCUAUGACGGCGCGCAUACUUUUUUGAAAGCACUCAUGCAUCGGCAUAGCGGCUGGGAUUGUCCCAUCAAGCUCUAUACGCUGACCACAACCUCCAUCUUCCGCAAAUACGCAAGCUUGAUAGACGCACCCGCUACGCUAGUCACGGCAAUCACCAGGAAGAAAGAGCUUGGCAACUUUCCAACACCGCUGCUAGCUGUCAGCUCUCCGUUCGCCUACAGGACAGCUCAGAAGGCUAUGACGACUGCGCACGAGAGUCAAAUGCGCUGGUUUCGUUGGGGUUGGAUCUCGCUCUCACGCUACAUGGUCUUGAAUGACUUAAAGAAAGAGAAGACUUUGUAACGGACCUAGGCAGUGUCAAGAACUGUGGGCACCAACCUGGCUUGUAUCGCAGUCUGUGCCGCGUCAGGAGGCUCUCUGUUCUCCCACGAGAUUGCCGUGAACGCAGACCAGAAGGCUAGAACCAUUGACUAGGAUUCGCAAAUCAGCAUCGCGAUUGCGCGAAACGGCCAUGUUCUAGAGUAUCUCGCUGCAUAUGUGCCCUAGCAAAUGUGUGAGAGUAGCGUUUGGUAAUGAUGCGCUUAGCCUUCAGGCGUUCGUGAGACAUGUGUCGUGGCUGUAAGCGCUGUUUGAUACCUCUGCUGCGCAUAUAACCUCUGACUUUCAUAAGCAACAAGGUGUGGUGUGGCACAAUUACACCCCUCAAUCUGGCU